AUGAUUAGCGGUUCUUCUCUUUCUCUCCCAGGAACCAAAUACUAUCCUCGUGUCCCAGCCCCCAUUCCGCGGCCCGCGAUCAUCCACCGCCCAGCGACUGCCCCCGCUGCACCCAAGGCAACCGACUUCUUCGAGUACUCUUUUCCGUACAACUUCGAAUCUGAUUACCAGCAUGGUCAAGACCAAAGACAGGAGGGCCAAGUCGUCAGCCGCGGAUGCAGGUGGUACAUCCGCCACUUUUUGUGGCGCACGAUUAGGUGGCGCCGUUGA